AUGACAGCUGUUUCAGGGCGUAUGCACACGAUCAGCAACAAGUUGGAAUUGAUUUUUACUACACUGCUUUAAAAAAGAUUUUUGUUCAAACACAAUAAAAUAGGACGUAUUUUUAAAUUGCAAAUAACACAAGCAUUUAAAACGGUUGCAUUUUAUACUUUGGAGGUUUUGUUGUUCUGAUCGACCUUCCAGUCAAACGCAUGUUUGAAAUCGACCCGAGUUGUGUGGUGUGGUCCCGUUCGUUGUUUGUUGUUAGCAGACUUAAUAUCAGCAUGAUUCGCUUUUAGCCGAUUUACCACAAAUAUAAAGCAAAUUUCGGUUGUGAGAAAAGAAUUAGUAAAGCGAACACUCCAGCGAGGUAACUUCCGGCCGUGCAACACACCGGUCACAUUACAUAACCAUGGGAGGAGGUACAUCCAAGGCGGAAACCACUCCGGGAAACCGAAAAGAUCCGGAUUUCACCCGGUUCAAGGCACGGGUGGAUCGGGUGUACAUCGCAGGCCUAAACAGAACGUACGAUGACUAUGUACAGCGUGCGGCACGUCACCUGUUCAAGGCACAGAACUUUCAGGACGUUAUCGUGGAAACGGCAAAUGUUAAGGAUGAGCUGUUGCGAUUAGGUAUCUUCAAGAACUUGCGCAUUUCGAUCGAUACUAGCAAAAGUGACGAUGCGACCAAAAACGGUUACACGGUGACGUUCGCGGGUGAUGAACUGUCUCGGAUAACUGGAAACGUUGGUGUAGAGGUUGGUCAAAACGAUGGGGCAGCUACCACAGAGCUGGUCACACCAAAUUUGUUUGGACGCGGCGAACGGCUAAGCAUCAAUUUAAGCCGCAGCUAUGUUAAGAACAGUGUGCUGAACAUGAAGUUUACCAAACCCUUUCUGCAUACGGCCGUGGGCGACUAUGAACCAGAGACCUCAAUUACCCUGUUCCGGAAUGCGUCCCCCCAUCCAUGGUCCAAGUAUCGGCUCGAGGAUAAUGGCAUGCUGUUCGACUUUUCCUUCGCCAUACCGUCGCUUGGCUUCAGCAACAGUCUUCAGUACGAACUCGGCAUGAAGGAACUGUUUGCGCUCGACAAGCAGACACCAUUCUUUGUGCGCGAACACUGCGGUCCGCGGCUUGUGUCUACCUUCCGGUACAUCGGCCAGUACGACGGUCGGGACGAUAGCGUGUUUCCUUCGAACGGUGUGUACGUCAAGGGCACGACCGAACUGAUUGGUAGUCAGCUUUCCCAGCUCGGUAUUGUUCGGCAGGAGAUGCACGCAGAGCUGAACGUACCACUGUUCCUCGGUGCAUCGUUGCAGCUGUGCGGUCGUAUCGGUGCGAUACUGCAGGACAAGCGCAAGGAAUCGCUACCCAUCCAUCAGCUGUUUUUCCCCGGUGGACCGCAGACUUUGCGUGGUUUCGAGCUGGCCGGUGCCUGUCCACGGCGCGACGGCAUUGCGGCCGGCUGCCAAUCGUAUUGGGCCACCGGGUUGCAUCUGUGGAGCCCGCUACCGUUCAACCAGUACUUUGGCGGUUUCGGUAAUCUGUUCCGGACCCACGCGUUCUACAAUAUUGGCACGUGCGAUACUUACACGACAGACAAACUGCGCAGCACGGCAGGCAUCGGCAUUGCAUUCCGUAUGGGCCAGAAAGCGCGCAUCGAAUUCAACUACUGCCAACCGCUUUCGUAUGAAGCGGGCGAUCGAGUGGUGAAAGGGUUCCAGUUCGGCAUCGGCUACGAAUUCGUCUAAAGCAUCCUUUUUCUCACCAUCAACCAACUACCCCCGGUUUUGUUUGGUCGUCCGAACCGCUUUACGCUUUUUCCUGACACUCUACCGACACUGUUCGUCUCAGCCAGCAAAGCUUUUUAUCCGAUGCAAUUGUCUUCGUUCGUAUUUUUUCGCAUUUUAUCCCUUAAGUUGUUUCCUUUCCGGUUCUCUGUCUUACAUACAUUGCCGUUCCGUCUCGCGAGUCAAUAAGUUUAAGUUAUGACACAGCGUAAAUAGAUCAGUUGAAAAUAAAACAUAAUGAAACACGA